CCAUUUUCCUUCGCCUGGCGGGGAAAGUCAGGUUGCGAGAUUGGCUUUGUGCUGUCCGGAGUACUGAUGGAACGCGCUUUCUUUCAUUUUCCUUCUCUGCCCCACGUUAGGGUGGUUUCUUCAGUGCAGGCUGUGCUGGCCACUGGGGCAGGGAUCAUCAUCAUCCGUUCCUGCAGCAACGUGGUCUCAGACAGGCACUGGCUUGCCCGAGAAUACGUCUGGUUUUUGAUUCCUUACAUGGUCUAUGACUGCUAUGCCAUGUACCUCUGUGAUUGGUGCCGAAACAAAGAGCAGAAUCCUGGACACUCCUUCGUUUUUCGAAAUUUCCUGAGUCAAAACUGCCUUAUGAUCACACACCAUAUGGUUAUUCUCUUUGUCCUUGUGCCGGUUGCACAGAGUUUCCGGGGAGAGCUUGGAGACUUCUUUGUUGGCUGCAUAUUCACAGCAGAACUGAGCACUCCAUUUGUGUCACUGGGCAGAGUUCUGAUUCAGCGAAAGCAGCAGCACACCCUUUUGUAUAAGGUGAAUGGAAUUGUCACACUAAUAAGCUUCUUUUGCUGUCGGAUCCUUCUUUUCCCCUUCAUGUACUGGUCCUAUGGCCAACAAGAGGGAUUAAGCCUGCUCCAAGUACCAUAUAAUAUCCCUUUCUUCUGCAAUGUGGCCAAUGCCUUACUCAUCGCUCCCCAGAUCUACUGGUUCUCUCUGCUGUGCAAGAAGGCACUCCGGCUCUUUGACACUCCCCAAGACAAAAAGGAUGGUUAAAGAUCCCCAGAAGUUGGGCAGUGAGUGUCUCCUCACAUUAGCUGCCUCCUCCACUCAGUAUUCCAUGGACCAAACUGUGCCCCAGGUGGCCUCAGUCUUUUGGGUAUUGAUAAGCGAUGGCUCUGAGUUUUUCUUUAAAAAUAUUGCUAUUACCUCCCUCUUCUAACCUGCCUUUUUGCAAAAGCACUUUUCAUUGUUAACAGCUAUUGGGUGCUGUCAGCUCUCUGUUAGCAGCAAAGUUGUUUUACUAUAAGCCCAGGGAUCCUUCCUUGGGUCUUCUCUCAAGAGCUCUGGGAGGCUGAAGCAUGGGACACAGAGGUUGGUAGAACACAGUGCUAAGUGUCUGGGCACUCACCUAUAUUAGUGGCUACCUACUUUCCCAAGUACUCAGGGCAGUACCCACAGUACUGGGCCAGCAGAAGCAAAUGAUGACUUGGUUCUUAAAAUGUCUUCUUGCAUCAUUGGCCUGGGAAGAUCAUGGUGGGUAUGUAGUUUUUAUUGUUUACUAGAUAGUCCAUUAACAGUUCUUUGCUUCAUCCUGUCAUCCAUGUGUCACCACUGAAUUCCCAUGUUUCAGAAGUAUCAGUGGCAAUGGGUAGGAGGAAGGGCUGGCAACAUGAAGCAUUUGAGUAGGUAGGGAGGCCAAGAGAAGUUGGCACAAUGUUGGCAGGCUGACUUGGUAAAAGACCAGAAUUAAAGGUGUGAGCCUGCUGCAAGCCGUCACAAAUUCUAUUCCCAUUUUAGUAUGACUCCUCAUGCCUAGUUUCUCCUAUAUCCAUAUGUAUAGGAGAUACAGGGGCAAGCCAGGUGUACCAUAUGCCUGUCAUCUAGCACUUGGAGGCUGAGGCAGGAAGUUGGCAAGUUUGAGCCUAGCCUAGGGAACUUAGA